UUUUGAAUGGUAAAUCAGCAAUGUGUGCUGUUAGCAAGACUAUGGAACUCUGUAAGUGAGCGUACGAUUGCCCACUUGCCUUCUAAGUUACUAUUUCCGGUUUAAAUGAGUAACUUUUUUCAAACUGCUAAUUGUCCACAAAGACCAGUAAAAUACUUUUUAGCAUAUUUUAGAAACCUUGAGUGUUGGCCAAUAAAUGUUAAAGAAGCAAAACUUCAAGUAAUUAAAAUGUCGCAGAUAUCAUAAUUAAGUAUGUAUAUAUUCUUGAGCAAUAAAUUAUAUUUCUAUAAAAUAUAUAUAUAUAUAUAUUUUUAACUAAAGUGUUCCUGGAAAUCAGACCAUGCCUAACUAGGCCAUUAGAUAAGUCUCGUGCACAAUAUGUAUAAAUACUUUUAUCAUAAUAAUUACAUGUGUAUUUACGCAAGACACUGAAAACUGCGAUGAAAUAUUCAAGAACUCAUUUGGGUAAAAUGUUAGUUCACGAACCCAUUUUCCAUCCAUGUCAAGCAUAAAUAUAAUUACUAAGUAUGUAGCAAGUUAUGUGAAAUCGAAACUUGUACUUAUCUCCGUAGUGCGGAAACUUUCUGUUUAGGGGUAUGUAACCAAUGAUUUGGAAAAAGUAAUGCUUUAGAAAACCUAAUGGAUACCUGUACAGAAGAGAAAGCUCAUGUGCAUGAGGAAUGUAAUCAGUUAUUCAUGCACAAGGAUAAUUUCAACAAGCAUGUGUUCGUUUACACAGGAAAGAAACCUCAUGUAUGUGAAGUAUGCACGAAAUCAUUCACUGAGAAGAGUAGUUUAAAACGGCAUCUGCUUAUUCACGUUGGGAACAAAUCUUACGAUUGCAAAAUAUGUGAGAAAUCAUUUAGUCGAAAGGCCAGUUUAUAUACACAUACGCUUAUUCACACAGGAGGGAAACAUCAUGUUUGUGAAAUAUGUAAGAAAUCAUUUAGUUACAAGUCUGUUUUAAACCAGCAUAUGCUCAUUCACACAGGAGAAAAACCUCAUGUGUGUCAAGUGUGUACAAAGUCAUUUAGUCAAAAGUCUGCUUUAAACCAGCAUAUGCUCAUUCACACUGGAGAAAAACCGCAUGUUUGUGAAGUAUGUGAAAAGUCAUUUAGUCAAAAGGGUCAUUUAAAUGAGCAUAUGCUCAUUCAUACAGGAGAAAAACCAUAUGUGUGUGAAGUAUGUAAGAAAUCAUUUAGUCAAAAGCGUAAAUUAAGUAAGCAUCAGUUUCUUCAUACUGAGGACAAACCUCAUGUGUGUGAAGUAUGUACGAAGUCAUUUAGUCAAAAGUCUAUUUUAAACCAGCAUAUGCUCGUUCAUAUAGGAGGAAAACCUAAUGUGUGUGAAGUAUGUAAAAAGUCAUUUAGUCAAACAAGUUGUUUAAAAAAGCAUAUGCUUAUUCACACUGGGGAGAAACCUCAUGUAUGUGAAGUAUGUAAGAAGUCAUUUUUUGAAAAAAGAAAUUUGAAAAAUCAUAUGCUUAUUCAUGCAGAAAAACGUCAUAUAUGUGAGGUGUGUAAGAAGUCAUUUAAUCAAAAUUGUAAACUAAGCCAGCAUAUGCUCAUUCACACAGCAGGGAACCCUCAUGUGUGUGAAGUAUGUAAAAAGGCAUUUGGUCAAAAGGCUCAUUUAAUUCAGCAUAUGCUUAUUCAUACAAGAGAGAAACCUCAUGUGUGUGAAGUAUGUAAGGAAGUCAUUUAGUCGAAGGAAUAAUUUAAAUGAACAUAUGCUUAUUCACACAGGAGAGAAACUUUAUAUGUGUGAAGUAUGUAAAAAGUCAUUUCGACGAAAGCGUAAUUUAAAUGAGCAUAUGCUUAUUCACA